CCUGGCGGGCUACCGAACACCAUCCAGUACCCAGUUGGACUUCAGUUCGGUCUUUAACCCACCACCACCACCACCACCGCACCAGCAUCGUAGGAGCAUCACAAUGAAAUUUUUGGUGUUAAUAGGUAUAGCGACACUGCUGGUUUGCAGUGUAGCGGCCGAAGAAAAAAAGGCCGAAGAAGCUAAGCCAGUCGAACAGGCUGAGAAAAAACAGGACAAACGUGGACUCUUCGACCACGACUUCGGUGGACAUGAUUUCCACGAGUUUGAGGGACACCAUGAACACCAUCACGAACACGUUGAUUUCCAUCCUCAUCAUGAGAAAACUUUAACCGUGGUGAAGAAGGUCGCCGUUCCGUACCCAGUCGAGAAGCACAUCCCAUACCCGGUCGAGAAACACAUUCCUUACCCGGUUAAGGUGGGAGUACCAAAACCAUACCCCGUGUACAAGACCGUUCACUAUCCGGUCAAGGAAAUCGUCAAGGUUCCAGUUCAUGUCCCAGCUCCAUACCCAGUAGAGAAGAAGGUUCCAUACCCAGUCCAUGUUCCAGUUGACAACCCAGUCCCCGUCAAGGUAUACGUACCAGCCCCAUACCCAGUGGAAAAGAAGGUCCCAGUACCAGUGAAGGUCCAUGUCCCAGCUCCAUACCCAGUUGAGAAGAAGAUCCUUGUGCCAGUCAAGGUUCCAGUUCAUGUUGAAAAGCCAUACCCAGUCGAAAAGGUUGUCCACUAUCCAGUCCAUGUUCCAGUUGACCGUCCAGUUCCAGUCCAUGUGCACAAACCAGUACCAGUUCCGGUAGAAAAACCAGUCCCAUACCCUGUCAUCAAGAAGAUCCCGUACCCAGUCCAUGUCCCAUAUGACCGUCCAGUCCCAGUGCACGUGGAGAAACCUGUGCCAGUUCCAGUCAAGGUGCCCGUGCCAGCCCCAUACCCAGUAGAGAAGCACGUGCCAUAUCCAGUGUACAAGAAUGUGCCUUAUCCAGUCAAGGUCCCGGUCGACCGCCCAAUUCCCUACACCGUUGAGAAACAUAUUCCAUACGAAGUCGAGAAACCCGUCCCGUAUCCAGUUAAGGUUCCAGUCCAUGUUCCAGUACACCACGAGGAACAUCAUCACGAAGAAAUCCAUCAUUACGAAGGACACGAUGAGCAUGAUUUCCACCACGAAUAAGCAAAAAUUGUGAUAAAAUUCCCUCCCUUCCUCCCCCAACUAAGCCCGUAUUAAGAGAAAAACGUUUCCUCGUUCCUGUUUUUUUUUUUCAUCUUCUUCCCGGCCCCGUCCAGAAUAUUCAACUAACCCCUCCAACGAAACUAACCUCUCAUCUCUACCAAAACAAGAAUGAUCUGACUUUCAACCCAUUCAUCAAUACGUUAACGAUCGUGAUAUUGACUAAGUUACCAUUCGUGUUACGCGUAGCAACUAAACAGACUACAAAUACUCACCCCGCAGAAAGCAAAACCCAUCGCAUCAAGUAAUCGAAACAUUUCGACGACGACCAACAGAGAGUGACUUUCCGUUUCGAAGGAAAGUCAGCUCGUUUUCAAUUAAUUUUUCUCGUCCAUACUAUAAAACAAAACAACAAAAAACUGAGCGAAAGAAACCGAAUUGUUAUUUGUUUCACCAUUAUUAUUAUUAUUAUAUUGUAUCAAUCGACCGAGGAGAGUGAAAAAAGCGUUGAAAAAAACCUUAUUGAAAAAAAAAAUAUACCAAAAAUAGUAA